GGUAUCCCCUGGUGAGUUUCGAGACCAACCCCUUGGCCACCAGCGUCUUGGAGCAGAAAGUGGAGCGCCGCCUGCGCACCGCCUGGACGUUGGUGCCCAAUGUCGGCUUCGUGCUGGCGGCCAUGGUGCCCAGCCUAUCGGAGUCGAAGGGUCUCCAAGUGGUUCUCACCUGUGUGCACAACGUCACAGCACCACUGUCUAUGCUUUUCUGCAUGAUCAUGGAGACAGUUCAGCUUGGAUAUGGUGAGAACGCCUUCCUCUACUUUUUCUCCUCGGAGAGUUCCAACCCGGUCUACGGACCCCUGACGACCUACCAACGCUUGCGCGUCAUUCUCUUGAUGGAAGCCUGGACGGCGGGGAUCAUUUUCGUUGGAGUGCAGGGAUACCUGGCAUUUCGCUGCUCGGCACAAGCUACGCCGAUGGCGGGACCGAACAAGAGAUGGUGGGUGGCCUUGGUCUCCUACUAUGGCGAGGUCAUUGGCAUCAUCUUGGCCUUCUCCUUGCCAGCGGCCGCCGCGCUGGACAUCCGCAAGUGGACUCAGAUGGAGGCGGGUUCCGUCAUGGAAGAGACAGCGAUAGCGAUUCCAUUCAUCCUGCGCGCCAACAUCAACACCACCAUCGCUGAGUUGAUGGUGCCGAGGGCAGAAAAAAGCGCGAAAGGAGGAGAUAGGGCAUUGACGGUGACGGCGGUGACGGCAGUCGGAGCACCAAAGUUGAGCUCCACUACAGAAAUUGGGCGACAUUCGGAGUUGGCCGAGUUGACCGCAGUGCCACGGAAACUUUCAGCGUCCGAGAAAAGGAACAUUGCAGAUGGAGAUCAUGUUGAAAUGUUCUGGAGUGACUCCUUGCGCAAGCAUCUGUUGCAUGCCCUUGAGGGGUACGCAGUGGCCAAGCGCCAGCCAGAUAAGGUUGUUGAAUUCAACCUUGACUUUCCGGCCAAGACUGUGAUCAAAAUCACCAAGCCAAUCAUGCUCUUUCCUCCAUCUGUGCCUGUGACUUCUGUUAGCUUUGAUGGUCACUUUGGAGUCCAUCGAGCUUUGUUGACACCUGUGGAGUCACCUCGACAAGUUCCUCUCAAAGGACGGCCCAUGAAGUUGCUCUAUGAGCAUGACCGUUCCUGUCACUGUGCAAAGAAGGAUUCCGUUCGACAAGUUCUACCCGAUCGCACUGCUGGUUGGCAGUUUGCUGUGGACCCUUGCACUGGGAAAGUGCUAGGUGCCUAUGAACAUCGUAUCAAUGAGCGGAAUGAAGAUAAGGUUGACCUCCUUCAGCAGGUGCUCUCUAUGCCCUUGGUUUCUGCUGACCUCUUGCUCCAUGAUGAUGCAUGCCACUUCGAAAGUUAUGUCAAGAAGUAUGAGUGUGAAGGCUUUGAGAACAUCAAGUACUACAUGGUUGAUUGCUUCCACAUGAAAAACCAUCGUUGCUCCAAAUCAACUUGGACCCCCAAGGAAAAGAAACGUGCCAAGAAUGUCCGCACCAACAUGUCUGAGACCUUCAAUGCCUGGAUUCGACCAUUGAAUUUCUUUCUCAAUAGUCUGCGCCCGCAUUCUCACAAAUUUUGGGUGGAGGUCCUAGGGCUUCCUUUGGAUGUGGCGCGACAUGCUGCUCAGGCCGCAAUCUCUAAAAAGAGCCCAACGCCCACGCUACGGGAGGCUCUCAGAGCAGCUGCUGUGCCCAAAAGCGGCCUUUUCCGCGGCCUGUGGCCCGCGCUUUGUUGCUCCAGCCUCUCACCCCUGGCCUUCCUGCUGAGCUACGAGGUGCAACGAGGUUCCACCCAGGUGCUUCAAGCCGCCAUGGUGGCAAAGGCUGUCCAAGUUGCAGUGGUUCAACCCUUCGACUUCCUGCGUGUUUGUCGCCAGGCAGUUGUCCUGCUGCCGGAGAAACAGACCACACACCUCCUGCGAAGUCCGUGGGAGGUCGCUAGCACUGAAGGGCUGCGGUCGAUGUGGCGAGGUUUCAUCCCUACGCUGCUCCGAGACGUGCCGGCAGCGGGCUGUUUCUGGUCCAGUUACAUGUCUCUGAGCGCGGCUCUCUUGAACGAACCUUUCGAGGAGGAGUGGCUGCAGCAUCUUGCCUGGCGUGACUCCCGAGACCUGGAGACCCCACGGAUUGGGAUGGGAAAAAGGUCCUUCUGUCAGCAGUGCCUGCGUUUGUGGGCAGUCACCAAACUGGAUGAUGGCGCUCCAAAGCCGAGGUGA